GUGUGCAAUGUCCUUCCAAGGGAGCAGUGGUGCAAACUGGAGAUGGAGCAGAGUUCAGGACCCACGCUACAGGGCGCAGAGACAAGUUGGCCGUAUGUUCUAAUGCUGGAGCUGGGAACCUUCAUUGUGGACAUAAUGGUGAAGAAUCUUAAAAUUAACAGUGACAUCCUGAACCCCGCCUAUGACAAAAAGCUCAUCCCCAUCCUCUACCACAUGUAUACCUUCCGCAGCACCAGACAGGUUGGCUUCAUCAAGCCACACCCCAUCUUGACACAGAUGCAGCAGGAAGCCAUGGAGACCACGCUGACCUUUGACUCGUCAGUGAUGCCGAUGCUGUGCCCUCCGGUGCCGUGGACAUCGGAGAAGUUCGGCGCCUACCUGCUCACCCCGGCCAAGCUGAUGCGCGCCACGCACGGGGCCACGCAGCACGAGGAACUGCUGGAGAAGUGUCCGAAUCUCCACCCGGUUUUUGACUCGCUCAACCAGUUGAGUAAUUGCGCCUGGAGGGUCAACAAGCCAAUUCUGGACAUAAUCAUCUCGAUCUUUAACGACCGGGGCAGCGAUAAGCUGGACAUCCCUCCGCCUCUGUCAGAAGCCCCUAAAAUACCCCACUUCAACCCUCAAGACCCCGACUACACAGCCAGCGAGAAGGCACACAUGAAACGAGAGGUGAUCAAUGCCAAGAAGAAGUGCAGCGAGAUGCACAGCCUGCGAAUGGACGCUCUUUAUAAACUCUCCAUUGCCCACCACAUGCGGGACAAGCUGUUCUGGUUUCCCCACAACAUGGACUUCAGGGGCCGCACCUACCCAUGUCCCCCGUAUUUCAAUCACUUGGGGAGUGAUGUGACUCGGGCGACGCUCGUGUUCGCUGAGGGGAAGCCUCUUGGUCCCAAGGGUUUGGACUGGCUGAAGAUUCACUUGGUCAACUUGACGGGGCUGAAGAAGAGGAGCUCACUGCAGGGACGUCUGGAAUACGCCGACAGCAUCAUGGAGGACAUCCUGGACUCUGCAGAUGACCCUCUGAACGGCAAAAAAUGGUGGAUGGAGGCCGAUGAGCCAUGGCAGGCACUGGCCUGCUGCAUGGAGAUCGCCAACGCAGUCCGGUCACCGGAUCCAACUAAGUUUGUCUCUCACUUUCCUGUUCACCAGGACGGCUCCUGCAACGGCCUCCAGCACUACGCAGCUCUUGGCAGAGACGUUAUCGGUGCGACUUCAGUCAACCUCAUGCCCUGCGAGGUGCCCCAGGAUGUGUACAGCGGCGUAGCCCAGCAG